AGCCAGGAGCUUGGGGAGCGUGAAGCCGAGCGGCGCUAGGACAGCGGCGGAGGCGGCCCGACGGCAGCGCCACCAGAUCCAGUUCCAGGUGCCGGACCAAACACGGAGCCAGGAGUGCCCUGGGGCAAGGCCCCACCGUAAUUACCAGGCUGGAGGGCAGGUGGGACGGCUUGGAAAUCCCGGAUGCCAGCCCCAGGGGUUGGGCCUUCAUCUCACCGGGUAGGGAUGGAAGUGGGCUGCCGGAGGAGGAGGUGCAAGAACCGGCCGAGGUGAGGUUAAGGGACUCCAGGAAACUGCUGGGCCAGGCCGACUGGGAGACACGGGGUCCCAGGAGGGCAGAGGCGUGGCCAGAAGCCAGGCAGUCCUGAGCACCAGCAAGCCAGACAGAGGGCGGCUGGGACACCAGGAGCACCAUCGCGGGGGGGCCACUGGGGGGCGCCGCGCGGACGGGGUCGGGAGCACCCUCGCCCACCACACCAAAGAAGCUGCCGCUGGCUGCCAAUGGGGGGCGCCGUCGUGGGGCCAGCCCCGGGAGCGGCAUCGCAAGAGGAGCGCCGAGGCUUAUUCGCUGCUUCUCGGGGAUGGAGCUCUGGUGUGGGGCGCUGGCCGGCUGGCGCAGUCCCCCGCAGCCCCCGAACGUCCGCCCUUGCCCACGCCGGGCUCCUGCUGAUGCUACUGCUGUUACUGCUGCUGCUGCUGCGGCCCGCGGGUGCCGCCCCUCCGCUCCUCCCACAGGCCUGGCCUCCACCUCUGAUCCUCUGCGUCCUUCCACAGGUUGCUUGGGCGCUGGCAAAGUGCCGGGGGCACUGUCCACGGAUGCCCCCGCCGACCUUGACGCCCCCUGUGCCCCCAGUGCCACCUGUCCCUCAGGCGGACGUCGCUUCCCCCGGCAGGCUGCCACUAGCCAGCCGCCCAGGACCCUGCAGUACUCUGCUUCUAAAGCCGACGAGGAUGAGUUCCUUUCCCCCUGUGGCUUCUCCUAUGAGCGGAACACCACCCUCAGGGAUCCGGAGGCCAUGGCUCGGCGGUGACCGUGGAUGGUCAGUGUGCGGGCCAAUGGCACAUAUCUGUGCAGGCACCCUCAUUGCCUCCGAGUGGGUGCUGACCGUGGCCCACUGCAUGAUCCAGAGUGAUGUUACCUAUUCAGUGUGGGUGGGGAGUCCAUGGGUUGACCAGAUAUCCAAGUCUACUGUCGACGUCCUGGCGCAGCAUGUCAUCGUGAAUAGCCAUUAUCGGUCCCAUCGGUACUGGUCCGGGGUCGGCCGGGCCAAUGACAUUGCCCUCCUUAAGCUUGAGCGGCCACUCAAGUACAACAAGUAUGUCUGGCCCAUCUGCCUGCCUGGCUUGGACUCUGCGCUAAAGGACCACACCCUGUGCACCGUGACAGGCUGGGGACUCCCCAGGGUUGAUGACCCCAACAAUGGAAGGACAACUGAAGGGAGCAUGCCAAACCGGCUUCUGUUGCGACUUCGCAUCAAGCAACUCCCAGGUCCGAGAGAGGAAGGGGGUCUCCUGCUUUUGACUGAGGUAGCUCUCUGGGAAGGAAAAGCAACCCGCAGCUCAACCAUCUGUCCAGUCUUUCCUCUGGUGCAUAAGCAUGGAUGGGGCACCUACCAAAAGCCACGUACUUCUUCAUCAAAUGGACACCACCCUUCGGCAUGUAUUGGGGACACUUGGAGAGGAUCAGCAACCUGUCCCAGGUAACCCAGAGGAUCUGUGUGCCCAGGAGUGGUACAUGAUUCCUGGCUCUUUUCUCUUAACCAAGGCAAACUGGGGUAGGAGACUUCUUUUCUCUAGGCCUCGGUUUCUCCAUCUGAGUGGGAUGGUUCCAGCAGUGUCUGGGAAGCUCUCUACACAACCUGAGUGGUAAAACUGACAAGCUAUCCUUCCUCAGCAUCAUCCCAGGGGCUUGGACCCAUUUGCGGGCUCAGACACAUGUCUGUGGGGUCUGGCCCAUGUGUGUGGGGUUGGGGCACACAUAUGGGGUUAGGGCUGGGCACUGUGGGUAUAGGGCACGUGCGGUUGGAUACACAUGCAUGUGGUUGGGCACCCAUCUGUAGAGUCAGGGCCAAGGUCUGGGCAGUGGCAGGGUUCCCUGAAACUAAGGCUCAGUGUGUUGGCCCAGUUGGGUUAUAUAACUGGAAGAUUCUGAGGGCCACGGUAAAGGUCUCAGAUUCAGAGCCUGGGCAGCCAAGAGCUCACUUCUUACACAUUCUUGUUCCAGCUUUGUUCAAGACACCCUGAUAGGGGUCGUGGGUAGAGGGAAACAGGUAACAGUUGGGCAUCUCCUUGUGGGCACUGCUAGGGGUCUGAACUCAAGCUUGGAGGCCUGGCCUCCAACAGAACCUCACAGGCUGAUGGAGGGUGAUGCCUGUGGGUGGGGUGGGUGGUGCCAUGGACCCUAGCCCUGCUCAUCUUUCUGGUGCUUCCCUGGAUCGCCUGGACUCAGCCAGGGCCUCGUUCAGGCUGUAGGCAGAUGGCAGGCAGAUGGACUGGAAAUGCAGUUUCCCUUGAUGGGCUGGGAGAAGAUGUUUUCCUGGGGGCUGAGGGAAGAAUCCUUGGCUCAGAAGUGAGUUGACCCCCACGCUCAGGCUUCUCCUACACCCAGACCAGCUCAGUUUCUGUGCCUGAGGCCUCAGGGCAGCUGGUGAGGGGACCAAGUAUACUCCAUGGGGCUCAAGCCAGCCUCGUUCCCCUUACAGGGACACUAGAGCUGACAUCUGACUCCAGCCCAGCCUUCUGAUCACACCCCCUGGUCAGCAGCAGGAACAGGGGGUGCAGGGCUCUGUCUCCAUGUACCUCAGACCCACCAGUUCAGGGCUGUGUCCCCUCAGACCCCACGGAACAAGUGCCCUGUUCUCCCUCUCCCAUCUUGUCCUCCAGCACCUGCCCCUUGCGGGCUCUCCUGGGUGCUUGGCUGUCUCUUACACUUCUGUUUCCCUGCUGUCUCCACUCUGCCACUGCCUACAAGGCUCUGACCCCACUCCUCCCUUGUCCUGCCUCUUGGGCCUUCUCCCUCCAGCCUAAUGCUCCAGAAUUUUGGGUCUGGUCAGCCUCUUUGACUCCCCUUCCUGGCGUAGCAGGAAUGGGGUACAGAGGGGCCAGCCAAGGAGGCUGCAGAUGGCCCCCACCCUUCCCUCCCUGGCCCCAGCCAGGCUCCUGGCCAACCCCCCAGCCGUCCUCUUCACCUCUUCCCGGGCGAUCUUAGCAGCUCCUUACAGUUCUCCCAACUGUGUGCCCUCUUCUGAUUUAUUCUCCUUCCAAACCAGGACUCAUGACUCUUGCCCGCUCAGAAACGUUUGCUAGCUCCCAGUUAUCACCAGGACCAAGUGAGACCCUGAGUUCUUGGGCCCUGCCCUGCUUGCCCCUCCCCUCCAGGGCCUAGUGUGCAGCAUGGAGUCUAACUCAACACAUGGCUGCUCUAGGAAGGAUGUCCUCACCCUCCUGCCUCCCACCCACCACCUUCGACCUCACUAGACCAAAGAUUAGAAUAGGGGCUGAGUGUCCCCCAUCAGACACUCGCUGAUGCCCGGCUGUAUCUCCAAUCAGACCGGGAAUCCCUAAGGUCAGGGUGAGUCUCCCCCAUCAGAAUAAUGUUCCUGAAAUCAGAGGCUGUGCCCUCCCAUCCGACCAAGGACACUAAGAUUGGGGGCUGGGUCUCCUCCACAGCCUGGAAGCACGUGGGAUAGAGCUGUGUCUCCCCAUUAAGUCAGGUCCUCUAGGGCAAGAGGAAGGGAAAAAUCAGCUGCUGGUCAGUAAGGCACCCCCCAACCCUCUGCCUGGAGGGUGACAGCCACCCCGAGCCCCUCCGCGCCGCCCCGCCUCACCUCCACC